CUUUUGUGCUAUUUUGCAGACUCUUAGCUUCUGAUCCCUCCCAGCUGAGGGAAGAUGACCUUCCCAGUGACUUGCAGUCCUUGUCGUGGCUGACAUCUGUUGAUGUUCCUCGGUUACAACAGAUGGCCAGUGGAAGGAUGGAUUUCAGCCUUGGUGCCCAGAACGCGAUGCUACAACAGACAGGUCCCAUGGCAAGCAGUAUGCACUCCACAGGAGCACCUGGAGCAAUGAUUCAUGUCCAGGCCAGCCUGCCACAGGGGAUCCUGGGACUGAAUUCAAUUUCAACACAUGGAGCAAAUAUGAGCCCAUAUGCUGUGGGUGGGCAGCCAUCUCCUGGUUUACAAACACAGCAACAGCUCUUCCCUCCUCCUCAUUCACAGCAAGUGUUUGCCCUAGCACAGAACACACAACAGUGUAACCCAGCAGCAAUCUACAAUACAUCCUAUGGGACCCAGCCACACUAUCCUCAGCCACGCCUGGCUCCUCACUCUGCCCAGGAACUGCAUCCAAAGCAUUAUCCCAAGCCCAUCUAUUCAUAUAGCUGCUUGAUCGCAAUGGCGCUGAAGAACAGCAAGACGGGCAGCCUGCCGGUGAGCGAGAUCUACAGCUUCAUGAAGGAGCACUUCCCCUACUUCAAGACAGCCCCUGAUGGCUGGAAAAACUCCGUGCGCCACAACCUGUCCCUGAAUAAGUGUUUUGAGAAGGUGGAGAACAAGGUGAGCGGCACCUCUCGCAAGGGCUGCCUGUGGGCUCUCAACCCUGCCAAGAUUGACAAGAUGGAGGAGGAGAUGCAGAAGUGGAAGAGGAAGGACUUGGCUGCCAUUCACAGGAGCAUGGCCAACCCAGAAGAGCUAGACAAGCUGAUCACUGACAGACCUGAGAGCUGCAGGCAGCCCAGCAAACAGGCAGAGCCCGAGGUCUCCACCCUGAGCCACCUGGCAGCCCACGGCCGGAUCUCCAUGGCCCAGCUGCAGCCCCAGCCCAUCGUGACGCUCUCGCUGCAGCCCCUGCCCCUCCACCACCAGAUCCAGGCCCAGGCUCGAAUCGCCCCGGACUCCCCAGCACCCGCCCAGACGCCUCCUCUGCACACCCUGCCUGACAUGAGGCACAGCCCCCUGCCCCACCACUCCCUGGGACGAGCCCCGCCGGACUUCCUGAACAUGACGGCAGACAUGAACACCGAGGUGGAUGCUCUUGACCCAAGCAUCAUGGAUUUUGCAUUGCAAGGUAACAUAUGGGAGGACAUGAAAGACGACAGCUUCAGCCUGGACACCCUGGGUGCCUUCAGCAACUCCCCCCUCCACCUCUCAGACUGUGAGCUGGGCACCCCCGGCCUCACCCCGGCCUCCAGCGGCAGCGACCACUCCUGCUCAGACCUGCAGGUCACCGGCCUUUACACCACCUACACAGCACUGGACAACGUGGCAGCAGCUCAGUACAUGAACCCCCAAGGCAACAAACCCAUCCCUCUGCUCUAAGUUUUGCACCAUCCCACAGACCUCUCCCCCAGGGAACAGCUCCUCCCAGCCAUUACAAUCCGACCUGGAAGCAACUAAAGGUGCUCCUCCUGCAGACACUCGGAGGGUGGUGGCUAUUCACGGGGACACAGCAUGUGAUGCCAAAAUAAAGCAAACUGUUAGUGGUAGAACCACUUUCACCCAUGGCAAAACUGAGGAAGGGGCAUGGACACUUGUGUCACAGGACUGGUGAGCUCUCCAAAAGGACCUGGAAGGCAUCAGUCAGCAGGAACUUUCACCAGAAGGUAACUGAGCCAAGAAUAGUCCCACUAAGGUCAAAACAUUGAAUAGAAACUGUGACCUGGACUGAAAUGUGGACAAGUCUUGGUCACCACCUACACAGAAGCCAGCACAGGUCAAGAGGCUGGUCAGCACCAAGCUGGAGUCCAGCACAGCUGAUCAUGUACUGUGCACAUCUUGUUUUCUUAAUUUGCCAACUAACUAUUGCUGUUAAACAAAGACUACACAGUUUCUGGAGGCACUUGCACCACUAACACUUUUCUGACCUAACUCCUGUUAAUUUAUUGUUAUAAGGUCAGAAAAAAAAGGAGCAAAAAUACUUAAAAGGAAAGAUCAAACCCACAGCAGACAACUGUUACAUCUAGGUUUAAAAACAAAGUCCUUGCCCCACCAUGAAGGAAGUGGUACUCCUGGGUUAUUAAACUGAUCACUGGCUAGAAGACUUUAGGAAUUAUGUCUAUUUUUAGGAUUUUUUAAAAAAAAUAUUAGAGUUGUUUAUAGUCUCGUGUUUUGUGCUUCUGUCUAUUCUUGUGCUAGGCAGUAUUACUGUUUUUAAAUUUAUUUAUAUUUAUUGUUAUGAAGAUGAAAGAAAUUAUGUAAACUGAGCACUGUUCAAUUUUUUAAAUGCUGCAGUAACUUGUUGUACAUCCACUAAGUUAUUCAUAAUCAAGAAUGCAACCCUUCUAGUCACUGUUGUUACACUACAUUUACUUUAAAUAAGCACUUUUGAUACUGUGAAACUCAUGUUUUAAAAAAAUAAUUCAGAGACCAAAUAUUGUAAGUGUACUCUAUAGAUUCAGAACAAUUUUCAUUCCUAAUUAACCAAGUGAAACUCAUGCUAACGUAGCCAGGGUUUUUUAAAGUGUUCAAACCCUGCUUUGUACUUGGUAACAUAUGUUGCGAAAAGUGGGAUGAAACAUCUGAAAAUCUAAACAAACUGUAACUGAGCAUUUCAUCUACUUACACUUCUGUGACCUUGAAGUGAUAUUUAUCUCUCGCGUUCUGGCUGUUCCUCUGCAUUAGCAGCACGUCCCAGCCUGUCAGUGCCUGGUAUUGUAUCCUCGUGCUCACGGGCUCCUUUUUCCCUCACUGCUCCAUGUUCCAGUGACUGGAGGGUGCUGGAUGCUGGAGCCACCCCGGUGUGGCACCUCCUUGCUUGCAAACCACUGCUGCGAGGAUCAGGGGCUGGAAAAUGCCCAUGCCUGGAUCUUCCCCAGCGUGUAUAUCCACGGCAACCUCUUCCAAAAGGGCACGAUGCUCCACGUCAUAAUUUAUUAUUCAAGAACAAAUGUGAUGAAUGAUCAUUUGCUGUGACUGGCGUUAUCUACGAUGUCUUCAUUUUUUAAAAUAAAUAUUUCUUAGCACUAAGCCUGGCUCAUUCUAGACGUGCUGCACCAGAACUGCUCGAGCGCUGCGGCCCGGAGUUACACCGGCAUUCCCAGGGAUCUGCUGCUGGAAAUCCAACCCAGCCAGGAAGGAGUUUCACACAACUUACAGAUGGAUAAAGCUCAGCCACGUUUGGCUUCAGCCACAGUGUCCCAGUGUGCUGAGGAGCAGGCCCUUCUCUUCAAUCUAAAACUCGUAUGUUUACAGGCCACCACUAACAGAAAAGCACAAAGCAUUGGUGCACAAAGUAUUUGUAGGACUUAGCUCUAAAACAGCAGCUUUCCCAGGCUUCAUCGCCCUUACAGACCAUACUAUGUCCAAGGCAAGGGUUUGUCCCUGGCUUAAAUCCUCCAGGGGAAUAAGAGUUUGAUGGUAUUUACUGUAUGAACUCUUUCAUCUAUGCUGUCAACCUAUACCUGAAAGUCUCUGCAGGUAAAUGGGUGGAAAAGCUCCAGUUCAGGGACAGGUGCUGGUGGGAGGGGUGCUGAGAGCUGCUCUGCACUGGGACAGGUUCUGUGCUGCCAAGACACUGGACCAUGCUCAGAUCUGCUGUGUUCAUGCAAUGACACAAGAGAGAGAGGUCAGGAAAACUCCCUGGAGAGCUGAACUCCCUUUACUAGCAGUGGUUUGGCUCCAGUACAGCCAGCAUCCACAGCCCUUCCCUGACAGAGACACCUUUCAAACCAGAAAGCAUCUCGCAAUACUCCUUCCACCCCCAGGACAAGGAGACAAUCCCUCCCCGCAGCCCCUGGUGGGAUUCCCCAGUCCAGGCAUGACCAGGGAGGUGUCCAACAGCUCCACUCCACGGCAAGACCAGCACUGCACUCCAACCAGGCGUUCCCCCUUCCAUCACCUCCAUCUUUGCAAGCCAAAACUAAACCUGUGCUGGAGAAAUGACAAGCCCACACAGCCGGUGGCUCUGGAGAGCCCAGAGCCCAGCUUCCUUUCUAUUAACCAAGCUGAUUAAAAGCCACCCAAUAAGCCAGGUCUGGGUCUGAGCAGAUGGAGAGCUCACCCUGACUCCUGUGCUUCAGCAGAGGAACUGGGUUACUGAGGCAGGAGCACCCAGAGCUGUGUCCUCCCUCCUCUCCAUCCUCUGCAGGAUGGCCAGAGAGGGCACGAGAUGGGCAAGAGAAACAGUUGGGUCAGUCAAACCAUGGUGAAUCCAUUGAUGCUCCUGCUGCAGCAGCUCCCAGAACAGCUCACUGG